CAGCUCAGGGCCGCCGAGUUUGCAUUUGCUGCCGGGUAGGCCCGCACGUCAUCCCGCCAGCAAGAGCUCGCCUCAGCGGGACCCGCCGGCAGGCAGGCAGGCAGCACAAGAUGGCGGCAACGCUGGCCACGGCCGCUCGGUUUUACCGGACAUGUGUAAACAACAGGGGAGUUUCUGCAGCUCUACGAACACACUGCUUUCAAAAAUGUUUGAUAAACAGACAUAUUUCAGCCCCUCUUGCAAACUAUAAAUGCAGCUUUAGUACAACAUAUGCAAACUUUGUUCCUGCUGUUACUCAAUCUGCACCCUUUUUCAAGGGCACUGCUGUGGUCAAUGGUCAGUUCAAAGAAAUCACCCUAAAUGACUAUAAAGGAAAAUAUCUGGUCAUUUUCUUCUAUCCUCUGGAUUUUACUUUUGUUUGUCCAACUGAGAUCAUUGCAUUCAGUAACAAAGCAAAUGAAUUCCACGAUAUAAACUGUGAAGUAAUUGGUAUUUCUGUAGACUCUCAGUUCUCCCAUCUUGCCUGGAUGAACACUCCACGAAAGAGUGGGGGAAUAGGGGCCAUGAAUAUACCACUACUGUCUGAUUUAACAAAGCAGAUCUCACAGGAUUAUGGAGUGUUAUUAGAAAAUGCUGGCAUUGCUCUAAGAGGGCUUUUCAUCAUUGACACUAAUGGAAUUAUCAAGCACAUGGCCAUCAGUGAUCUGCCUGUAGGUCGCAGUGUUGACGAAACUUUACGCUUAGUUAAGGCAUUUCAGUUUGUGGAGACCCAUGGAGAGGUUUGCCCAGCUGAUUGGAAACCAAACUCUCCAACGAUUAAGCCUUCCCCAGAAGAUUCCAAAGAAUACUUUGAAAAAGUCAAUGACUAGUAUCUAAUUUGUAUAACAUCUGAGAGUACUUCAUUGACAUUUGGACAGUGAGUAUUUAGAGGUGGAGGUUUUCUUUACCUGUGAAGAGUGAUUCAUAAGAUUAGAGUCGGCAAUAGGUAUGUUUUGCUGUGUAAUCUUGUUUAUCAUGUGCAAAAUAAAGAUUAUACUACUGAAUGUUUACUUAUUGUUGAAUAUGUUAUUCGUCCAAAGUAAACAAGAAAAGAAAUCCUGUACUAGCAAAUUAAUUGCAAUUUUACUCCAAUAAUUUCAUUAUACAAGAAAGUGUUUAAAAUAUGACAAUGACCUUGAAUACAUUUAAUUCUGUAAUUCAAUGGUGUACACGUGUGCCUUUGAAUAAAGGUAUGAAUUAUUA